ACCUGCACCAGGCAGCUGCUCGUCACUGGAAGCUGUGCGCUGCAGCGUUUCCACUUCUGAAGUAUCAGCGUGUCUCCAGCGCUGGAGAUCAGAGCAGAUACUACAAGCAAGGGGGGUGUUUUCCACAGAUAAGAGUUGUUCUCGUUAAUAAGGCUGAUUGUGUGCAUUCUAAAACAUAAUCUGAAACCCCUCGCGCAUCAUCCCGGAGCUGCGGAUUCUGCAUGGGUCAGAUACAGUAGCCUGCAGCAGUCUGACGGAGGAUACAGCGCUUCAGAGGAAAUACACGGAUCAACAAAGAAUGAAUUUAAACAAUAACGCGUUCUCUCUCCAUGGCGUGUGUCCUCGUGCAGCGCGCGUUACUACCGCAAAACGAAAAGGUUUUUAUAUCUUCCAAAAACAAAGAUUUCAGAAAAUAGAUUAUAAAAGUUGUGCAUAUUUAUCGAUGUGUUCUCAGUAUUUAUCUGCAAUGUGUGCAUCUGGUCUUUUAUCAACAACAUGUAUUAUAGCAGUAUUAGAUUUGCAAGGACACAUGCUCUGCAUUCUGUACACAAUAUAUGAUUAUUAUGAAGCUUUCUCAAGUCUAAACCAUUUAUAAAUAUAACGGAUCAGCGAUCAUGGGAUGGGAAUUAAAAACAAAACCUGAACCAAGCAAAUGCACUGCAAACCUGUGUGAAGUUGCAAUAAUUAGUUUUUAUACACACUCUGCUUAUACUUCAGCCAUAAAAGCCAAGCAAUAAUGUGAUCUGUGAGUCUCUAAAGGGCUCAUUAUUAUAGCUGCAGUCUUGCCAGCAGUCCUGACAUUUCACUGCACUGUGACACCUGGUUCAACUAACAGUGUAGUGUAACAUUAACACAAACUGCAGCAUCACUCACCAGUGCAGAGUGCUGCUGAAACAGCUGAGUAGCAGCAAUGGGCUCAUGUGCUCCAUCAAACCUAUUUUGCAUGCAUAAGAGUCAGGACAUUGGCAGAUGUCUGAAAUUAAGAGGAGAAAGAAAGACAAUCCAGUGCUUGUACUCAGAAGUUUGAGAAAGCAGGGGGAGUCUGUAUUGUUAGGGUCACCUUUGUCAAGUGUUGUUUCAGCUGCUGCAUUACAGCGGCACCUGUUAGAUCACUAACACCACAAAGAACUCACUAAUAUCAGUACACUAGUUAGGAUAUCACACACUUUUGAUUAGGACAGGGCAAUUAUAUCCACUGCAUGCUUUGACUGUUGUCUUCUAGCAACCACACAACUUGUAUGUGGUUUACUUUGUCUUUGGAGUGAAAGCAGACAAUUGAUCCAGAUGUCAUCCAAUGAGCCAAUGAUAUGGGAGUUUAGGAGGCCGUGGCACCUUCCCCCAAUCUGCACAAUGCACAGUGACGUAUCUCCUCAGCUGGUGAUGAGGAGUGUGAGAACCUGCCAAAACAAAGACAUGUCUUGGUGUGUCUGUGUGUGUUUGGGUUGGAGCCAUUGUGAGCCAUAGGGCCUAACUACAGCAUGUGUUGGUGCUGGGGUUCCCACAGCAAUGGAGACGAGGGUGCAGCAGCUUGACCUUCUCCCUUUGUGAGCGUGAUCUGAAGGGGAACAUGGAAACACGACGAGCCAUUGCUCAAACCUCAAGGUGAGGAAGUGAAAACAGACAGAACAAUCAGCAGAGGUCAAGUUUGAACCAGAUGAUCUUCUGCAAAUAACUUUGUCCUGGAUAGGAAAUUGCCGCUCUCGAUAGUGCCUACAGCAUCCAGCUAGCAGUAAAGAAGACUAAUGCUCAUGAACCUUCCCUCCAAACGUUUUUCCAGAAGACUUCCUCUCAUCUAAUCUUUGUGUGAGCAGAGAGAGCAGACAGCAUGGCACUCAGCUCACAACCGUGGCCUCCUCUGCUCUGGCUGUGCAUAGGAUCAUUUAUUUCCUUAUCGUCGCCCAUACAUGGCAAAGAAUGUCCACAUUUGUGUGUAUGCGAGGUCCGCCCUUGGUUCACCCCCCAGUCGACCUACAAGGAGGCAACCACAGUGGACUGCAAUGACUUGAGGCUAACGCACAUCCCUACCAACCUGUCCACAGACACUCAGGUGUUACUGCUCCAAAGUAACGCCAUAUCUCACACCAGUGGAGAGCUGGAGGCCCUUUUCAACUUGACAGAGUUGGACCUAUCCCAGAACAACUUCAGUACUGUGGAAGCUGUGGGCCUCACAAGCAUGAACCACCUGACCACCCUGCACCUAGAGGAGAACCAGAUUAGCCAGCUGCCAGACCACUGCCUGGGAAACCUCUCCAAUCUCCAGGAGCUCUACAUCAACCACAAUCAGAUAAGCUCCAUCUCCCCUCGGGCAUUUACAGGCCUGCACAGCCUGCUGCGCCUUCAUCUUAACUCCAACAGGCUCCAUGUCAUAGACAGUCGCUGGUUUGAAGAAACACCUAAUCUUGAGAUCCUCAUGAUCGGGGAGAACCCAGUUUUUGGCCUCCUAGACAUGAACUUUAAGCCUCUAGGAAGCCUGAGGAGUUUAGUCCUGGCUGGCAUGGACCUCACUGAUGUUCCAGCAAAUGCUUUCGUAGGUUUGGAUAGCCUUGAAAGUAUUUCUUUCUAUGACAACAAACUGGUCAGAAUCCCUCAACUGGCCCUCCAAAAAGUUCCCAAUCUGAAGUUCUUGGAUUUAAACAAAAACCCAGUUCACAAAAUCCAGGAAGGAGAUUUCAGGAAUAUGUUACAUCUGAAGGAGCUGGGCAUAAACAAUAUGAUGGAGUUAGUUUCAAUUGACCGCUAUGCUCUGGACAACCUCCCAGAACUGACAAAGCUGGAGGCUACCAACAACCCUAAACUGUCUUAUGUGCAUAAAUUGGCCUUUAGGGAUAUGUCCUCUUUGGAGAGCCUGAUGCUCAACAACAAUGCCCUCACUGCCCUUUAUCAGCACACGGUAGAGGUGUUGCCUAAUCUGCGGGAGAUCAGUCUGCAUAGCAACCCAUUGCGUUGUGACUGUGUAAUUCAGUGGAUGAGUUCCAACAGGACCAGCGUGCGCUUCAUGGAGCCCCUCGCCAUGCUUUGCAGCUCCCCACCAGAACUCAGAGGCCAGCGGGUUCGAGAGGUAAGGCUACUGGAGUCCCCGGAGCAAUGCCUGCCCCUCAUAUCCCACAACACCUUCCCCAGCCACUCGAACCUCGAUCUGGGCAUGAGUGUCAGUCUCGACUGCAGGGCAAUGUCCGAGCCAGAGCCUGAGAUCUACUGGGUGACUCCUCUUGGGACAAAAAUCACAAUAGACACUGUGUCAGAGCGGUACCACUUGAACAAUGAGGGGACCCUGCGGCUGUCUCAUGUGCAGGUUGAGGAUUCUGGACGUUACACCUGUGUGGCCCAGAACACAGAAGGAGCUGACACACGGGUCGCCACCAUCCGUGUAAAUGGCACCCUGCUCGACAGCGCUGAGGUGAUGAAAGUAUACGUCAAGCAGACCGAGCCGCACUCCAUCCUGGUCUCCUGGAAAGUCAAUUCUAACGUCAUGUCCUCCAACCUGAAGUGGGCCUCAGCCACCAUGAAGAUUGACAACCCGCACAUCACCUACACAGCUCGCGUCCCCGUCGACGUUCACGAGUACAACCUAACACACCUUCAACCUGCCACUGAGUACGAGGUAUGUCUCACGGUCUCCAACAUCCACCUUCAGACACACAAGUCCUGUGUUAAUGUGACAACACGUAGCGCCACCUUCGCCCUGGACCUGUCAGACCAGCACCCGAGUGCAGCUGUGCUGGCUGUCAUGGCAACCAUGCUGGCUUUCCUCAGUUUGGCCACUGUGAGCGUCUACGUUGCCCGCAGAUGGAAGAGAAAAAACUACCACCACUCUCUGAAGAAAUACAUGCUGAAGACUUCCUCCAUCCCCCUAAACGAGCUUUACCCUCCGCUCAUCAACCUGUGGGAGGCUGACGGAGAGAAAGACAAAGACGGCAGCACGGAGGGAAAACCCUCUCCUGUUGACACCACACGUAGUUAUUACAUGUGGUGAGGAUUCAGUAAGGAGGCCUGGCUGGCUCUCCAGCAGCACAAAGAGACACACUUUUGCCAUUUUGGUGCAAAAGUCGAAUAAAGUUGCAAAUGUUUUUUUGUAUUCUCAGCUUUGCUAAUAAGAGGCAGAGUGAUCAAGGACAGGAUUUUUAUUAGUAUAGCGUAUCGCCUUUGUUUGAUUCUUUCUAUCUAUUAAUUGUUUUGGACUGAGCUGUAUUUAGCCUCCAGGUUGUCUUAGUUGCUAUGCUCUUGUGUGUGGUGCAUUUUCGACUCACUUUCUUUUGGGUUAAUAAUACAGCAGCAGGGGCCGAUGGUCUUCUUGCAGCAUUAGUAUAAAUCAGUAUUUCGUUCUCUGUUCUGUAAAACAGGUAAUCUGUUGUGCACUGAUAGAUAAUGGAAGAUGAAGUUUGUAUGAACUUCAGUUAAAAGCUGACAGCAGGGUUUAGACGUAUUUAACUGUCUACUGAAUGUUAGCAAUUGUGCAGUAAUGUUGUAUCAACUAUACCUUUGAACUUUCUGAUUAAAAGAGAUUAGAAUUUUUGGUUUGCUGAUAAAUGUGAUGUUAAUGCUAGAAAUACAAAUGUUUAUUAAAACAUUUUGAGUCUUUUUACUAAAAAGGUGCAAUAGAAACUUUUUGACCCUUUCCCCGUUUACUCACUUACUUUUGCUAGACUUUUUUCGCUAAUUGCUUAGUUUAUUAUUUUCAAAUAAAAUCUGUAUGCUAAAGAAGUUACAAUAAACACUUUUUGUUUCUUUUGCAGA